ACUCGUGGGUGCCUGGGUGGGGUUCCCCUUCUUUUUGUUGCCAAAAAGUAAAGCUAAAAAUGGCACCAGCAAAACCCCAGCGCUGCCGGCUUUGUCUAUCUUCAACACCCACCCACACGUAUCUACACAUAUAUUGAUAUAUACAGAAGAUGUAAUACACUAUAUACAACUUUGAUGCGACGGAUGGAGAAGAGGGAGAAUAUGGCGGAGGAGGGUGAUGCAUCGGAGCCAUGGGGAAAUGAAGAAGAUGAAUCGGGAACGAGCAAUAAGAACGACCAGGAGAACAUUAAUAGUAGCAGUGGCAAAUUGGGAAUUUGUUUGGCGACGGCGUCGUCGAUGUUUCCCGGUUUCAGAUUUUCUCCGACGGACGAGGAGUUGAUUUCGUAUUACCUGAAGAAGAAAUUGGAAGGGAGUGACGAGUGCGUGGAACUCAUCUCGGAGGUUGAGAUUUGGAGGCAUGAGCCUUGGGACUUACCAGCCAAGUCUGUGGUGCAAUCAGAUAAUGAGUGGUUCUUCUUUUCGCCUCGUGGAAGGAAGUACCCAAAUGGAUCGCAGAGUAAGAGGGCUACUGAAUCUGGGUAUUGGAAGGCCACUGGGAAAAACCGAAAUGUAAAGUCGGGUUCAAAUGUGAUUGGCACAAAAAGGACACUGGUCUUCCACACUGGUCGUGCGCCCGAAGGUCAGAGGACAGAGUGGAUCAUGCAUGAGUAUUGCAGUUGUGAAAAAGGACCUCAGGAGUCUAUGGUCGUCUGCAGGCUCAGAAAGAACAAGGAAUUCCAUACGAAUGAUGCCCCAAAGAAAUCAAGGAAUCAAUCUACUGCUGAUAAUAUUAAUUAUAAUGCGUAUUCUGAACUAGAAAAUGCUGAGAGUGUGAGAGAACCAUGCACAGGGGACAGCUGCUCAAACCCAUGUAUUACUAGUAUCAAUUCUCAUUUAGUUGAGCAAAUUGACUCUGGAUUUGAUUAUGAUCAGACCAUUGACAUCCCUUCUUCCAAUCACUUGAAGGACCCUGGCAACGAAGAGGAAGACUGUUUUGUGGAUAUAAUGAGAGAUGACAUAAUAAAGCUAGACGAUUCCUUUAACAGACCCCUAGAUUCUCUGUCAGCGAACAACAAGAAGCUCGGACCAAAUAUAAACCCAAAGCAACCUGCUCAAGCUUUAUCGCGGCAUGUGCUUCCAUCCCAAGGCACUGCAAAUCGGAGACUAAGACUACGAAGGGAAAGCGUAGCAUUCUUUGAGGCAUCAUAUCGACUUAAGAACAAUAAAACCCAUGCCAAGGAGUUCUCCAGAUCAAAUAACAAGCAAUCGUUAACAUGGGUGGUUAGCGCGAGGCUGAAAAGAUUGUCCGUUUAUGCCCUUCUAUUAAGUCUUUUAGUAGUGAUUCUGUUUCUUUCUCCUUUACAAGGAUCCCACCUUGUAAAAUCGGUUAGAGGCUCUCUUCUUUGAAAUGGACAUGACUUUUUAGUACCAGACUAGAAUGUCACCACUAAUCAAGGUUUGGUAGAUUUGAGGAAAAUGUCGACUCUUGUAAGAUUGACCAGUAGGUAACCAUAAAGCUCUUUGUUUGGGCAUUUGGUGUAUCUCAAGUCUCAACCCUUCUGAGUAUGGGUCCCACAUCUUGAGUGGUAGGACCCACUUUUUUUUCAUGGUUCGAACUGAUGAGUUGGAUUUACAUGUUAGACAAAAAAAGAUUAAAUAUAUGAAUGAAAUGAAUGUACUGUGUUGUGUGUGGCACAUGUGGAUAUUUGUCUUAUUAUGGUAGGGCCCCUUGAUGCUUUAUCUGAUUAUCAGCCAUAGAAAAAAAUGUGUGUACAUUACUUUCUUUUGUGUACCUAUUUUCAAAGGUUAAAAGCUACAAGCAACUAGAUAGAUGAUAUCAAUAAAGCGGUGAGCAGGAAUUCAAUUUUUGUGAGUUUUAAAGUGGUGUUUGGCCAUUACAAGAUACUAAUGACAAAGACUUUGCUUAUUUCUACUGCUGCUAAGAGGUAUGUAUAAUUCUGACUCUUUUUUUCUUAUUGCUCAUUAUGAUGCAUUAUUUUUCUUGCUCAUAGUUGGAGAAAUUGCCACCCACUCAAUAUAUGACUUUUCAUCCC